AUGUUGGCCCACUCUUCUCUCCUGUUGCUACUCUGUCUCGCGCGGCUGCCCACCCCCAUGUCGGCCCUGCCCUUUGAGCAGAGGGGAUUCUGGGACUUUGCGAUGGACAGUGAUGUGGGAGGGAUGAUGUCAAUGAUGAGAGAUGAAGAGGAAGGCUCGGCAAUAGAGGAGCUGCCCCCUCCUGAUCUGCCCUCAUGCCCCUUCGGGUGCCAGUGCCAACGCAGAGUGGUGCAAUGCUCCGAUCUGGGUUUGACUGAGGUGCCUAAGAGCAUUCCCGCUGACACCAAACUCUUGGACCUGCAGAACAACCGCAUCACUGAGCUGAAGGAGAACGACUUCAAAGGCCUCAGCAACCUCUACGCACUGUCCCUGGUGAAUAAUAAGAUCAGCAAGGUCCACCCCAAGGCCUUUGUUCCUCUGAAACACAUGCAGAAGCUCUACUUCUCCAGAAACCUCCUGACUGGAGUCCCCAAGAACCUGCCCUCCUCUCUGGUGGAGCUGAGGAUCCAUGAGAACCGCAUCAAGAAGGUCCAUGAGGGGGCCUUCUCUGAACUGGGCAGCAUGAACUGCAUAGAAAUGGGAGGGAACCCCAUCCAGAACAGUGGGUUUGAGCCAGGAGCCUUCAAGGGACUGAAACUGAACUACCUGCGUAUCUCUGAGGCCCAACUCACUGGAGUACCCAAGGACCUGCCAGACAGUCUCCAUGAGCUCCAUCUGGACCACAACCAGAUACAGGCCAUCGAGCUGGAGGACCUGAGCCGCUACAAACACUUGUACAGGUUGGGUCUGGGCUUUAACCACAUUCGUAUGAUAGAGAAUGGCAGUCUAGCUUUCGUCCCCCGCCUGAGAGAGUUACACCUGGAGAACAACAGACUCACAGCAAUCCCCAAGGGUCUGCCUGACAUGAAGUACCUACAGGUGGUCUACCUCCAUUCCAACAGCAUCAGCAAGGUGGGAGUGGAUGACUUCUGCCCAAGAGGCUUUGGGAUGAAGAGGUCGUUCUAUAAUGGCAUCAGCCUCUACUCUAACCCUGUCAACUACUGGGAGGUCCAACCCGCUGCCUUCCGCUGUGUCAGUGACCGUCUGGGCAUCCAGUUUGGCAACUAUAAGAAAUAAGCACAGGGAGAAAGUGAUAGAGAGGAUGGAAGGAGAGAGAGAGGAGGAGUGGAGCAAA